AUGAUGAUAAAGUUGACAUUCGUUUUAUCAAUCGGAGUGUUAAUUAUUUCAGUGGUCGAUGUUGUUAAAUUAAAAUCAUCCAAAUUGGACGGUACGGAGGGAGGAAUUAAAAUACUAGAAAAAUGUUCAAAAACGGAAGAAAUCAAUUUGAACGUGGUGGAGGAUAUGUGUUUACCGGAAGAACAACCUCCCCAUCCCCACGACCACCAACAGCGACAGAGACAGGAAGAAACGAGCGAAUUUAAAAUUAAAAAAAAUUUCCAAUCGGAACAUGGUCGGUAUGAAUACAUUUGGAAAGGGUUGAUUUCUUUAAGAAUUUUAUGA